AUGUUGAAGAAGAAGGCAGUUUUUCCACCAAGACCGGAAACAAGAGCUGCUGAAAAACUGGAGCGAAGUGACGAAAUUUGUGGAGACGAGCCGUCAGAUCGAGCAACUGCAGACUCGACUGAAAGUCGAAGUGGAAGAGCUGCAGACGAGGGAGCAGGAGCUGCGUCAGAUGGCCGAGGAAAUCAAACACCAGGCCAUGAGUGCUCUCAAGAGAAGCUCAAAAGACUGAAAACCAGCAGAUACUUCAAGAAUCAAGCCUCGGGACCAAGCAAGCCCAAGUCGGCACUCGACAUCAUCAAAUCUUCAAGGUGGGUGCCUCCCAGAUCCCCAUACGACUUGAUUCAAGAAAAACUCUAUCACGACCCUUGGAAACUUUUGAUCGCCACAAUUUUUCUCAACAAAACUCGUGGCUCAGUGGCCUGUCCCAUGGUUUGGCAGUUCUUCGAAAGGUGGCCUGACCCUGAGAGUGCUUACGAGGCUGACAAAAAGGAGAUGGCCGAGUUCCUCAGACCACUUGGUCUCUUCAAUCGGCGUGCAGGCCAAAUCAUUCGCUUCUCCCACGAUUACAGGCACAAGGCGUGGGUUUACCCAAUCGAGUUGCACGGCAUCAACAAGUAUGGCAAUGAUUCCUUCAGGAUCUUCUGCAGAAACGAAUGGCGAGACGUGCAGCCAGACGAUUACAUGCUGAAUUAUUACCACAAUUGGCUCAAGGAGAAUGCUGAAAGGUUAGGUGUUUGAAUUAUUCAAAUUUAAUAUGCUUUUAUGUAAAAUUUUCAUAAAUUACUAAUUUUAUUUUGGUCAGGACAUUAAGUUUAAAGUUUUGAAUGUUUUUGGAAAAUAAUUUCACACUGUGAUCCUCGUAGGAUUUUUGAUAUUUAUCAUUUUGUCAUGGAAUUCAAAGCUUUGGCACAGAUGUUAUAUAAAACGUGAUUUAGAUUAAUAUAAAUUCUUGCACUUUGCUGAAA